AGCAGUCAGCUGUCUGGCAAUAACUCCUCCAACAAAUAAGUUUGAAGAAGCUCGUAAGAGCCAUGAGAUGUUUCAUCAGAAUGCAAAGUCUUUACAUCGACAGUAUCAAAUACCCAUAGCAGAUGCAAAGGGUAUUGUCCGCUCCUGUCCUCAAUGUAGUCAUCAUGGACCUGGUUUAGGGGUGGGCACUAACCCAAAAGGUCUGAAGGCACUUCAGGUUUGGCAAAUGGAUGUAACACAUGUACCUGACUUUAGGAAGCUUAAGUAUGUGCAUGUCACAAUUGACACCUAUUCUCAUUUUAUAUGGGCCACUGCACAAACCGGUGAACAGGCAUUACAUGUGGAGAGAUGCUUAAUGUCUUGUUUUGCUGUCAUGGGACUACCUGUAGAAAUAAAGACAGACAAUGGUCCAGCGUAUAGUAGUCAACGAGUCGCUAGGUUUAUGACAACUUGGGGAAUUAAACACCUUAAAGGGAUUCCUCACUCCCCAACGGGGCAAGCAGUUGUUGAAAGGGAAAACCGUACCCUGAAGGAUUAUCUUCAGAGACAGAAAGUAUGGCAGGACAUAGACGUAAAUAAAUGGUUGACUAAGGUGUUGUUUACCUUAAACUAUCUCUCCCUUAUGGAGGAUAGAGAGGGACCACCUGUUGUUAUAUAUCACCAAACAGCACGAGGGAACCAAACAACUACAGUUCCUGGUUUGAAUGUUUUGUAUAAAAAUAUGGCUUCAGGCGUAUGGGAAGGACCUAAUCCGGUGUUAUUUAUCGGUAGAGGUUAUUUUUGUAUCUCCACAGAUAAAGGACCUAUAUGAGUCCCUAGCAAGUUUGUGCGACCUGUAUGUCAAGAUCAGAAGACAGAAGAGAAGACUCAGAGCGAGCAGACAGAAUAAACUGUCUAUGUUGUAAGGGAUGUAACCUGCAGGUAUUAUGCCAAUGUAUGCUAUGUGGAGUAAAACAGUUCUGUAGGCCAAAGCUUAAAUGUAAAUGGUGUAAAGAGUGUAUGUGUUUGAUUAGUAACCGGGCAUGAAGCAAGAGAAAACAUACGACUAGUGUAAUACCAUGCUAACUGGAGACAGUAUACAUCAUCAGAAUCUGUGAAAGAACAGAUUUGUGGGGUGGAAUGUAAAAAAAAAAAAAAAAUAAAUAAAAAAAUUGUGGAAAUUGUAGGACUAAACAUGUUUGAGUUGUGGACUUGGUUUGCAGUCUUGAUGAAUUUUUUACCUGUUGGCCAAAGUAUUUUUGACAUCUUGCCUAGGACAAACAUAUGGGUGACAUGGGCAAAUAUCACAGGAAUAACAGACUUUUGUUUGAGUCUGCAACAGGCAGACAACCCCUUUAGAACUUGUUUAAUUGGUAUUCCCCUGCAAGAGAAUGAAACAAAUUUUGAUGGUUUUUGGAAUGUUAAAACAGUGGAUCUGACUUCCAAUCAGAAUGGUACGUGUAUGAGUCCAAAUGGGCAAUAUGUUUGGCCUUCUAUGCGUAAUGCAGCGUGGCAGAAGACAGUUAUUGAGAAUUUAAAUCAGCCACAUCAUUUACCUUUGCAGGAGUUAGACCUAUUGGCUAGCGUUGUACCUGUUGAAUAUGUUAAUGUUACUGCAACUGGUAUGGCAGACUGUACCCACUUGUCAUCACCACUUCAGCCCGUGAAUGACACUGGAGUAAUUUGGUUUGGUGACCCGUGGCAGUUAUGGCUAACAUGUCAAGGUGAACGGGGGUUUUAUGCAGGGUUUCAAAAUCUAACCGGUUCACCUAUUUGGGGUGAAUUGAAAACUGGGGGUUUCCAUAUAGAGGUAUCACGGGGUUAUCAGUUGCCACCGGGAGUCUUUUUGAUAUGUGGGGACAGAGCAUGGCCAGGGAUUCCUUUGUAUCCUGUCGGUGGACCAUGUUAUUUAGGGCGUUCGACUUUGUUUGCUCCACUUAUGAAAGACUUAUUAAAAAUGACUCCACAAUUUCAUAGAUCACGGAGGGACCUGCGCACCUUUGAUGAAACAUGUAAUGACCGAGUCAAUCAGCGGUCUGUAACAACAAAUGCCUUAGCCUCCAUAUUUAUGCCAGGAACAAUGACUGCAUUAAAUGCUAAGAAUAUACGGAAGUUAGUGUUCUGGGGAGAGAAACAAUUUAAUCUUACAUCGCAGAUUUUAAGUUCAUUAUUGCUUGAUGUAGAUAGUGUUAGGCAUGCUACAUUACAAAAUAGAGCUGCAAUAAUUUUUUUGUUAUUAGCACAUGGACACGGUUGUGAGGAUUUUGAAGGGAUGUGUUGUAUGAACCUUUCCGAUCAUUCCAUAUCUAUCCACAAGAAGUUGUCACAACUGCAGGGAAACAUGAAGCAUAUUCUUGCUGAUGAUAAUCCCUUUGAUGAAUGGUUGAGAGGAUUGGGGAUAACAGGUUGGUUAAAGAUGUUAUUGAUGGAAGGAAUAUGCUUUGUUAUAGUCAUUGUUGUAAUGUUUUUAGCUGUUUAUUUUCUUGUUUGAAGAAAGGGGGAUAUGUAGAGGGAUUUUUAAAGGACCGAGGACAUAUGUUACCAUUGUCUGGGUUGGACAACCCAGGCCUGUUAGUUGAAGCUGCAGAGCAGCUAUAAAUUGUCCUGGGAACAAGCAGUGAGAGAAAGAAAACAAGCUAUGCACAAACAAGAAGCCAGGUGCAGAGCAAGUCCUGGGAACUGCGAAAUCAACACACUCUCAUCGGCACACUCUGAUCAGGCACCUGCAGCAUGCUCACCAAUCAGCAACACGGAUGCCCACGUGGCCAGAGACUUUUAUCCAAUCACCUGUGUGUAAAGUUGGGUGAGCAGUUGGUUUAAGUUAUAAAUAUGACCUGUUUGUUUA